GCCCCGCAGUCGCGCCGACACCCCGCGCCGCGACGCCGUAUAUUGCCGUGCUGUCCGCCGGUCGAUACGAUACGCUCGCGAAUGCGAUACCGCUGUGGUCGCGACGGCUGACGACCUCCCUUGCCGUCACAAGUGCAUGUGCUACACUUUUCGUAUUCGAUACUGGAUACGACCGAGGAGUUCCGAGUGGUCUGAGGCAAUUGGAUUUCCCGAGGGAACAUAGCUGCACGAGAUCGUCUCGAUAGCAUUGUUUAAUUUUUUUACACAUAGUUUGAAGUGUUGUACUGAAGAAGAUGCCGAGCGCAGUGCGACCGACGGAGGCGGAGGAGGUGGUGCUGACGGGGCUGUCGGGCCGGCUGCCGGAGAGCGGCUCCAUUGAGGAGUUCGCCGAGCAGCUGUUCGCCGGCGUCGACAUGGUCACCGGCGACGGCCGCCGCUGGCAGCCUGGUCUGCAUGGAUUGCCGGAGAGGAACGGUAAGCUGAAGGAGCUGGCGCGGUUCGACGCGACGUUCUUCGGAGUGCACGGCAAGCAGGCGCACCUGAUGGACCCACAGCUGCGGCUGCUGCUGGAGCUGACCCACGAGGCCAUCGUGGACGCGGGCGUCAGCCCCGCCGAGCUGCGCGGCUCGCGCACCGGCGUCUACGUGGGCGUGUCCAACUCCGAGACGGAGGAGAUGUGGACCACCGACCCGGACAAGAUCAACGGGUACGCGCUCACCGGCUGCUGCCGCGCCAUGUUCCCCAACCGCAUCUCGUACACGUUCGACCUGAAGGGCCCCUCGUACGCGGUGGACACGGCGUGCAGCAGCAGCAUGUUCGCGCUGUCGCAGGCGGUGGCGGCCAUGCGCGCCGGCCACUGCGACGCGGCCAUCGUGGCCGGCACCAACCUGUGCCUGAAGCCGGCCAACUCGCUCAACUUCCACCGGCUGAGCAUGCUGUCGCCCGAGGGCCGCUGCGCCGCGUUCGACGCGGCGGGCCGCGGCUACGUGCGCUCCGAGGCGGCCGUGGUGGUGCUGCUGCAGCGCCGCAGCGACGCCCGCCGGCUGUACGCCACGGUGCGCGGCGCGCGCAUGAACACCGACGGCAACAAGGAGCAGGGCAUCACCUUCCCCAACGGGGAGAUGCAGCGCCGCCUCGCCGCCGAGACCUUCGCCGAGGCGGGGCUGCGCCCGCAGGACGUCGCCUACGUCGAGGCGCACGGCACCGGCACCAAGGUCGGUGACCCACAAGAAGUUAACGCGAUCGCAGAAUUGUUCUGCAAAGACAGGAAGAAGCCGCUGUUGCUCGGCUCGGUGAAGUCGAACAUGGGCCACUCGGAGCCGGCGUCCGGGCUGUGCUCGAUCGCAAAGGUGGUGGUGGCCAUGGAGCACGGGGAGAUCCCCGCCAACCUGCACUACAGCUCGCCUAACCCGGACAUCCCGGCGCUGAGCGACGGCCGCAUCCAGGUGGUGGCGCAGAACACCAAGUGGGACGGCGGGCUGGUGGCCGUCAACUCGUUCGGCUUCGGCGGCGCCAACGCGCACGUGAUCCUGGAGUCGCAGCGCGGCGGGCGGCCGGCGCCGGCGCGGUACGCCGUGCCGCGGCUGGUCACGGCCUCGGGCCGCACGGACGACGCCGUGCGCGAGCUGCUGGCGCUGGCGCAGCGCCACGCCACCGACGCCGAGCUGCACGCGCUGCUGGACGCCGUGCACGCCCACAACAUCGCCGGCCACGGCCGCCGCGGCUACCGCGUGCUGGCGGACCCGCCCCUCGAGGAGAUUAUCGAACACGGUGGUGAACCGCGGCCGGUGUGGUUCGUGUUCGCGGGCAUGGGCUCGCAGUGGGCCGGCAUGGCGCGGCAGCUGCUGGCGCUGCCGGUGUUCGCGGAGAGCAUCGCGCGCUCGGCGGCGGCGCUGCGCCCGCACGGGCUCGACCUGGUGCACGUGCUCACCGAGGCGCCGGACUCCGCCUUCGACGACGUCAUCAAUUCGUUCGUGUCCAUCGCCGCCGUGCAGGUGGCGCUCGUCGACGUGCUACGCGAGCUCGGCGUCCGCCCGGACGGCAUCGUGGGCCACUCCGUCGGAGAAGUCGGGUGCGCGUACGCGGACGAGACGCUGACGGGCGAGCAGGCGGUGCUGUGCGCGUACUGGCGCGGGCGCAGCAUCGUGGACGCCAAGCUGGCGCCGGGCGCCAUGGCGGCCGUGGGGCUGUCGUGGGAGCAGUGCGGCGAGCGGCUGCCGGCCGACGUGGUGGCCGCGUGCCACAACGCCGCGGACAGCGUCACCGUGUCGGGCCCCGUCGCCUCCAUCGAGAAGCUGGUGAGCGAGCUGGCGGCCGAGGGCGUGUUCGCGCGCCGCGUCAACAGCUCGGGCGUGGCGUUCCACAGCAAGUACAUCGCGGCGGCGGCGCCGCUGCUGCGCCGCAGCCUGGAGCGCGUGAUCCCGGAGCCGCGGCCGCGCUCGGCGCGCUGGGUGUCGUCGUCGCUGCCGCGCGAGCAGUGGCAGUCGGAGCUGGCGCGGCUGAGCGGCGCGGCGUACCACGUCAACAACCUGCUGUCGCCGGUGCGCUUCGCGGAGGCGCUGGCGCAGGUGCCGGAGCGCGCGCUGCUGGUGGAGGUGGCGCCGCACGCGCUGCUGCAGGCCGUGCUGCGCCGCGCGCGCCCGCAGGCCGCGCUCGUGCCGCUCGUGCGCCGCGACGCGCCCGACGCGCUGCGCCACCUGCUGGGCGCCGUGGGCAAGCUGUACGCGCACGGGCUGCAGCCGGCGCUGCGGCGGCUGUACCCGGCCGUGGCGUGGCCCGUGUCGCGCGGUACGCCGGGGCUGGCGUCGCGCGUGCUGUGGGACCACUCGGCCGAGUGGAGCGUCGCCGACUUCAGCAACGCGUCCCGCUCCGGCGAGAACGUCAUCGAGUACGACCUCUCCAAGCAGGAGGACUCCUUCAUCGCCGGACACAACAUCGACGGCCGCAUCCUCUUCCCGGCCACCGGCUAUCUGACGCUGGUGUGGCGCACGAUGGCCAAGCUGCACAACCGCCGGCCGGAGGAGACGGCCGUGGUGCUGGAGGACGUGCAGUUCCGGCGCGCCACCAUCGUGUCGCGGGACGCGCCCACACGCUUCCUCGUGUCCGUGCUCGACGCCAGCGGGCAGUUCGAGGUGUGCGAGGGAGGCUCAGUGGCCGUGACGGGCACGGUGCGGCUGGCCGAGCAGCCGGCGGCCGAGCGGCUGGCGCUGCCCCGCGCCGCCGUCAGCGCCGACGAUGCCGAGCUGCAGCCGCUGCUCACCGACGACAUCUACAAGGAGUUGCGCCUGCGCGGCUACAACUACGGCGGCAUCUUCCGCGGCAUCCGCACGUCCGACGCGCGCGGCACCGCCGGCGAGCUCGCCUGGGACGAUAACUGGAUCUCCUUCAUGGACACCAUGCUGCAGUUCGGCAUCAUCGGCGUGGACACCCGCGAGCUGUACCUGCCCACGCGGCUGCAGCGGGCGCUCAUCGACCCGGCGGCGCAUGCGGCGGCGUUGGCGGCGCGGCCCGCGGGGCAGGCGCUGCCGGUGCGCAUGUUGCGGGACAUCGACGUGGUCGUGGCCGGCGGCGUGGAGUUCCGCGGCAUCAAGACCAGCCUGGCGCCGCGCCGCGCCAACCCGCAGCCGGCGCCCAAGCUCGAGAAGUACGUGUUCGUGCCGUACGACAACGCGGCCGUCGGGACCGACGACACGUCGCGCUCCAAGCGGGACGCGCUGCUGGUGAGCCUGCAGCUGGUGCUGGAGAACGCGGGCGCGCUCAAGCUGAAGGCGGCGGAGGCGGCGCUGGAGCGCGCGGCCGAGGCGCUCGUGCUGCCCGCGGCGCUGCCGCUGCUGGCUGCCGAGCCGCAGGUGCGCGUGGACGCCACGCUGGCCGCGGGCCCGCAGCCGCAGCCCUACCAGGCCCUCGCCGACCUCGACAUCGCCGUCACCAACAAGGACCCGCGCACCGGCGGCGCCGAGAGCGGCUGCCACCUGGUGCUGGCGCACGACGUGCUGGCGCGGCACGGGCCCAGCACGCUGGCGGCCCUGACGGGCUGGCUCGCCGACACGGGCAUGCUACUGCUGGAGGAGCCGCUGCGGCAACUGGACGCGCCCGACGCCGGCGACAUGCUGCGCAAGGCGGGGCUCGUGCUGGUGUCGCGCCAGGUGGCCGCGUCGUGCGAGUACGUGCUGCUGCGCCGCAAGCCCGAGCCGCCCAGCGCGCACGUGGUGGUGGAGGUGGCCGACGACGGCAAGUACGCGUGGGUGGAGCCGCUGCGGGCCGCGCUGGCGCGCGCCGAGCUGGAGCCGCUGCGCGUGUUCGCCGUGGCCCGCGGCGCCGCGCCGGGCGCGCUGGGGCUGGCCGCGUGCCUGCGCGGGGAGGCGGGCGGCCGCGCGCUGCGCCUGUUCGUGGCGCCCGGCCUGCAGGCGCCCUUCAGCCUGGCCGCCGGGCCCUUCGCGGCGCAGGCGCGCCUCGACCUCAGCGUCAACGUGCUGCGCGCCGGCGUGUGGGGCUGCUACCGCCACCUGCCGCUCGCCGACGCCAGCGCUGCGCAACUGCAGGUGGAGCACGCGUACGUGAACACGCUGACGCGCGGUGACCUGUCGUCGCUGCGCUGGAUCGAGAGCGAGCUGCGCUGGGCGCGCGAGGCGCCGGCGCGGCCCGGCACGGAGCUGUGCCGCGUGUACUACGCGCCGCUCAACUUCCGCGACAUCAUGCUGGCCACGGGCAAGCUGCCGCCCGACGCGCUGCCGGGCGACCUGGCGGGGCAGGAGUGCAUCCUGGGGCUGGAGUUCAGCGGGCGCGGCGCCGACGGCCGCCGCGUCAUGGGCAUGGUGGCGGCGCGCGGCCUGGCCACGUCCGUGCUCGCCGACGGCGGGUUCCUGUGGCCCGUGCCCGAGCGCUGGUCGCUGGAGGAGGCGGCCACGGUGCCCGUGGCGUACGCCACCGCGUACUACGCGCUGCUGGUGCGCGGCCGCAUGCGGCGCGGAGAGAGCGUGCUGGUGCACGCGGGCACGGGCGGCGUGGGCCAGGCCGCCAUCGCCAUCGCGCUGCACGCGGGCUGCACCGUGUUCACCACCGUGGGCACGCCCGACAAGCGCGCCUUCCUGCGCGAGCGCUUCCCGCAGCUGGACGAGGCCAACGUGGGCAACUCGCGCGACACGUCGUUCGAGCAGCUGGUGCUGACGCGCACGCGCGGCCGCGGCGUGGACCUCGUGCUCAACUCGCUGGCGGCUGACAAGUUGCUGGCGUCGGUGCGCUGCCUGGCGCCCGGCGGCCGCUUCCUCGAGAUCGGCAAGCUCGACCUGUCCAACAACACGCCGCUGGGUAUGGCGAUCUUCCUCAAGAACACGACGUUCCACGGCAUCUUGCUGGACGCGCUGUUCGACGCGGGCGGCGACAACGAGGAGAAGGCGGCCGUGGUGCGCUGCAUGAACGACGGCAUCGCCAGCGGCGCCGUGCGCCCGCUGCCCGCCACCGUCUACGCCGACCACCAGCUCGAGCCCGCAUUCAGGUUCAUGGCGACGGGCAAGCACAUCGGCAAGGUGGUGCUGCGCGUGCGCGAGGAGGAGCCCUCGGGCCCCGCGGCCGCGCCGCGCCUCGUGUCCGCCAUGCCGCGCACCUACAUGCACCCCGCGCGCAGCUACGUGCUCGUCGGCGGGCUGGGCGGCUUCGGGCUGGAGCUGGCGCAGUGGCUGGUGGUGCGCGGCGCGCGGCAGCUGGUGCUGGUGGGGCGCAGCGGCGUGCGCAGCGGCUACCAGGCGUGGUGCGUGCGGCGCUGGCGCGCGCGCGGCGUGCGCGUGCUGGUGUCGCGCACGGACGCGGCCACGCCGGCGGGCGCGCGCGCGCUGCUGCGCGACGCGGCGGCGCUGGCGCCCGUGGGCGGCGUCUUCAACCUGGCCGCCGUGCUGCGCGACGCCUUCCUCGAGAACCUGGCGCCCGACGACUUCCGCGCCGUCGCCGCGCCCAAACUUGACGCGACGCGCGCGCUGGACGAGGCGACGCGCGAGCUGGCGCCGCAGCUGGAGUACUUCGUGGUGUUCUCGUCCGUGUCGUGCGGCCGCGGCAACCCCGGCCAGAGCAACUACGGCUACGCCAACUCGUGCAUGGAGCGCAUCUGCGAGCAGCGCCAGGCCGACGGGCUGCCCGGCCUCGCCGUGCAGUGGGGCGCCAUCGGUGAGGUGGGUCUGAUCGUGGACACGAUGGGCGGCGACGACACGGAGGUGGGCGGCACGGUGCCGCAGCGCAUCGCGUCGUGCAUGGAGGCGCUGGGCACGCUGCUGGCGCUGCCGCACCCGGUGGUCGCCAGCAUGGUGCUGGCUGACAAGCGGCGCCAGGCCAAGAGCGGCGACUCCGGAGACCUGCUGCACGCCGUCGCCAACAUCCUCGGAGUAAAGGACCCCAGCGCGGUGUCGCAGACGGCCAGUCUGGCCGAGCUCGGCAUGGACUCGUUGAUGGGCGCCGAGAUCAAACAGACCCUGGAGCGCGGCCACGACCUAGUGCUGGGCGUGCAGGAGAUCCGCGCGCUGACUUUCGGGCGCCUCCGCGAGCUGGCGGGCGGCGACAACGCCGACGCGGCCGCCGACCCCGCGCCGGCCAACGGCGCCGCCGCCGCCGGCGCCGACGACAACGUGCAGUACGGAACGCUGGGCGAGCUGGUCCCCAAGCAGGUGAUCGUGAAGCUGCCGUCGGCGGGCGGCGGGCGCGCGGACGCCAAGCCCGUGUUCAUGGUGCACCCCAUCGAGGGCGUGGCCGACGUGCUGCGCGGCGUGGCGGCGGGCGUGCGCGGCGCCGUGUACGGCCUGCAGUGCACGGCCGCGGCGCCGCUGGCCGACAUGGCGGCGCUGGCGCGCUUCUACCUGGAGCACGUGCGCGCGCUGCAGCCCGAGCCGCCCUACACGCUGCUGGGCUACUCGUUCGGCGCCAGCGUGGCCGUGGAGAUGGCGCUGCAGCUGGAGGCGGCGGGCUGCGCGGCGCGGGUGGUGCUGGUGGACGGCUCGCCCGCCUACGUGGCCACGCACACCACGCGCGGCAAGGCCAAGCGCGCCAAGCGCUCGCCCGCCGCCGACGAGGCCGACGCUCUCGCGUACUUCGCGCAGCUCUUCAAGGACGUCGACGCCGUCAAGAUGUCGGCGGAGCUAGAGCGGUUGCCGGGCUGGGAGCAGCGCGUGUCGCGCUGCGUGGAGCUGGUGUCGAGCGCGGCCCCGCACGAGGCGGGCGCGCUGGCGGCCGCGGCCGAGUCCUUCUACCGCAAGCUGGUGGCCGGCGACACGUACCGGCCCGCCAGCAAGCUGCAGGCGCCCGUGUCGCUGUUCACGGCGCGCGACAACUACGUGACGCUGGGCGAGGACUACGGGCUGCGCGAGGUGUGCGCCGGCCCGCUGAGCACGCAGCAGCUGGCCGGCACGCACCGCAGCAUCCUGGCGGGCGAGUCGGCGCGCACCAUCGCGGAGCACGUGUCGGCGCUGCUGGAGCAGCACUAGCGCCGCGGCCGCCGCCGGCCGCGCCAGGGGCGGCCACCGUGGCGGCGCUGCCCACGUAGUGCGCGACGAUCCUAGGGACGGUGUCCGGUGUCGGUGUGCACCACUCGUAACGCUGCGACGCCGCGGCCGCGCUCGAUGCGAGCCGGUACAUACACGUAUGUACGUCGCCGCGCGUCGCAUGUCACGUCCGCUAUGUAUUAUAGCCGACUUAUGUACUCAUACAUAUUAUAUAUUUGCAUUUUAAACCGUUGCGUUACGUUUACAUUUUCAUCUGUGAAAUAAAUAGGGUAACCGCUCACUUACCUAGGAGAUUAAAUAUACAUCACUGAUAAUAUUACAAUUAUCUACUAAUAUAUCAUGUAACGACCCAAAAAUGUUAUAAAUUUGUAUUUAAGCAUGACGGCCUCUCUAUGUACCAUAGGGUAUGUUGAAGAAUAUAAUGUACGUAUUUAUUUAUUGGUGUGGCGGGCAAAGUCCGCCGCUUGUGAUACGCGACGGGCGCGGCGGCGCCGGGCCCGCGCUGUAGACGUAACUAGUUGUAAGUAGUUAGUUCCUGUGACGGUUGUUGUGGUAAUUUAUUUUGUUACUGGAUAAUAUCAGCGCUGUGAUUAUCAGCGCUAUGUGAUUAAAAAGUGCAUUAUUUGUAA